AAAAAGCCAACGAAUACAUUUUUAAUUGGUGUGGUGUCGUGUGUGCCUUGUAAUAUUGUAAAAAUGGUUUUAUUCAAAAUUCUUAUGUCUUUAAUUGUCUUUAAACACGCAAUGUGUUUAAAUAACUUAAUAUUAACCAAACAACAAAGCUUAGAGCUGACAUUAAUCCCAUGCAAAAACAAUGAAGACUGCAGAGACGUUGGAGGAGUGUGUGUGAAUGAAUUUUGCAAGUGCGGCGACCAACCCUUCUGUUCGGAGCAGACAACCAUCUUGGUGAACAAAAUUGGAGAGUCAUGUACAGACAAUCGUGAGUGCAAUGUGGAACAUUCCCAGUGCACAGAAGGAAAGUGUGAAUGUAUGAAGGACAUGGUGCCGACACCCAAUCAAAAGACCUGCCUAAAAAUGUCUACGGGUCUGGGCGGCGAAUGCGAAGACAGCGUUCAGUGCAGUGCCAAAACACCCUCGAGUCACUGUCAGGAAAACAAAUGCGUGUGUCAACAACACAUGCACGGCCAUAAUGGAUCUUGCUACAAAACAGUCGACCUGGGCCAACGUUGUGCCGAAACCAACGAGUGCAUCAAAACGGAACACUCGCGAUGUGUCGAAGCGAAAUGCACUUGCGAAGAGGAAUACGUAGCCGGCGCCGCUAAAUGUUUAAUAAAAGCUAAGGGCAUAGAUUCCCCGUGUUCGGAGGAUGUUCAAUGCGUUAUUACACUCGGCAGCGGUUCCCAAUGUUUCAAUGGAUAUUGCCGGUGUAAGGAACUGUUCCAGGUCAAGAAUUCUACUGGAAAAUGCGUCCAGGAUAUGUUACUAGGUGAUAAGUGCGAGACCAAUGCUGAUUGUCACCAACCUGGAAGCGGGGAGAGUCGACUUGAAUGCAUUUUGGGGGACUGCAAGUGUAAAUCAGAUUAUCAACAGUUUGAUGGUUAUUGUUUAAGUUCUUCCGUCGCAUUGAAACCUACAUCGGUUCUGUUGGGACUGUUUAUGUUGUUUUUGUUUUUUUAAUAUUUAUUUUAGUUAUAAUUUGUUACUUGAAAUGUGUGUAUAUAUUUAUUAAAUUCUAAUAAUAAAUAGUUAAUUAUUUAAGAAAUA